AAUUUCGCGAUGAAUUCGAAAACAAUGCAUGUUUCCAAAAUCAUGAAAAAUGUUUUCGAUUUUGAAAUAAAUGUUUUCAAUAUCGAAGCAAAAUGUUUGCGGAAUCGCAACCACCAUGUUCGCGGCGCAAUUUUGUUUGGUCUGCCGCAGCCACAAUGCGUUACGCUGUCAGAGUGUCAGAAUCAGCUGCCUGCGGUGCGCUCGCAAAAUAUAAACAAACGACAAAAAUCGUGUUUAAAGCGAUUGAAGGUAGCUUAUUUCUGCGGUGGCGAAUGUAAAAAAUAAAAUGGAUCCAGAAAUAGUAAGUACUAUUUAUUCUGUAUAAGAUUAUUAGAAUUUAACUUCAAUUUUUAUUUUACAGCACGAAAAGUAACAAGACAUCCGGCGGGCAGUGGGACGGACAAUCUGUUGUCGAUCGAUCGACUUCCGCGCUGCAAACCUUUGGCUGCUCGAGAGGAGAAUGGUGAAAUGGCCCUGAUCCCGAUUGAGCAGAUCGGAAACCCCCCUUCAGUUCCACCAACGGCCGCAAAUCCUAGCGUAGUGAUCAACACGCCCAGCUCAACGCCUUCUGCCCGUACCAGUCCCAACGGCCGCCGCCCUCAAAAUGGGCGUCGGAUUCCCACUCCAGAACCUCAUCACCCAGGGCUAGCGGGACGACACCGGCCGAAUUCUGCAGCACCCAGUGCAAGUACUGCUGAACGAGUGCGGAAUCUGCGCUGCUCCGACCAGCACCUUCUCGCCAAUUGCAACACCUGUCAUCUGUACUACCACCUCGGCUGUUCCAAUCCUCCACUCACGCGGCACCAUCAAAAAGUCCAAACUGGCAGUGCUCCGAGUGUGACAAAUCGGACCACAUCGGCCCCGAGCUCGUGAUCCUGCCGAAAGCCCCGCGCAAGUCCCGAACCCGGAACAGCAAGGACGGCAUCAUUGUCCCUUACGACAUGCCCUUGCCCGAGUUUGAAAAGUCCUCGGAGAGUAACCCCGUCGUGUGAUGCGCCAACCUCUCAACCCAUACGACCCCGCAAGAGUGGAACCGGAGAUAGUCCCCACAAGAUAGCGGUGGCAAACGAUAUCAAGACGAAAGAUUUGCUGCUGGAGAUCCCGAAAAUCGACCAGGAACUGGCGGAAACGUUUAGCGCAAGGGAAACUUCGGUGGAAAAGUUGACGCCGAUGGCGGCCGCACCACCGGUUAAGCGAGGUCGCAAGAAGAAGGUCACCGAACCGACUUCCACAGACAAAGAGAGUUCCAAAAGCAGGAGGACAUCAAACCCAAGGUUGCAGUCACCGAGAUCCCGGACUCUCCGGUAAAGAAGCCCGAGCAGCCAAAGGAAGAAUCUGCUCCUGCCAUCGUUAAACCCCCUGUUAAACACAAAGAGGUCAAACCGGAAACAGAAGAAGGAGAAGCUGAAGGCCGGCUCCAACGGAGUCUGAACCAGAGUUUCCAAGAAAAGCUCACAUCCGCGGAUCGGCAACCACCUGACAACGACCUCCAGUGAAUCGCUGGAGCCACCAAAGCAACCAUCGACCCUCCCCAACAGGCUCCAGACGGCGUGAAAGUUCUUCCUGCGGUGGACGCCGCCACAGCCGGCACAUCCGGAACCGGAGGCAUCUCCUCUUCGAAAUCCUCACACAAG